AACAGAGUAGUCCCCCUUUAUUGACGUUGUAGCGACGAAAUAAUAUUCUGCCAACGCUACGAAGCGUACGUCCAGUUAAAUGAACUGAAAGAGAUUCAUUUCAUUUUUAAACUGCAUCAGUUUAUUAAAUCACGUCUGAUCAACAAACAUCAGAAAUCCCAUGCAUCCAACAUUGCAACAUGCCUCGAGCAUAUAGACGGCCUUAUCUCUUCAUCAUUGGAAUGACAGUCUUCUUCUUGCUGAUUUACAUCCUGUUGUAUACAGAUCUCAGUGGUAGUAGGUUGAGCUCCAGUCCUCAGGAGAAUCUUGAUCUAAAACUCAGUCCAGACCUGUUGGGCCUGGGUGUAUUGCAGCAACCUCAUGGCCCUGGUGUUGUUGCAGGCCUAAGCUCCAAAAGAAUCAGGGGUAUGCCUCCCUUUAUCCCCCAGCUGCACAUAAAAACGCUUCCACACCCAGUCGUCACAAGCAACAUGACAGAAACUGAGGCAGAGGAAAACUUUUUCAGAUACCUGGAGAAUAAAGAUGUUCUUUGCAAAAAUGAUGUUAGGCUGGGUCACCAACAUGAAGGAGGCUGGAACGUUUGCCUGUCCCCACCAUUCUCUUUGCUUCAUCCCUGUGUAGUUAUGUCAUUUGGAAUUGGCCGAGACUGGCAAUUUGAUGAAGCCGUAUCAAAAAUAUAUGGCUGUCGUGUGUUGGCUUAUGACCCCAGCAUUUUGAAGAUAGGUGACAAACAGAGUAAACUUAUUGAGUUCAAAAGAAUUGGAAUUGGACGUCGAAAUGAAGUGAAUACGGCUGGCUGGCAGCUGAAAACACUAGGCACAAUUAUUCGUGAUGAAGGACUUAAAGAUAAAAUUAUCAGCUAUGUCAAAAUUGACAUCGAAUAUUCAGAGUGGGAAGUACUGAAAUCAAUCUACCAGGAGAUGUCCUUGCACAAUGUUCGUCAGUUUGGAUUUGAAAUGCACUCCAGAGAACUAUUUCAUGCAUCAAAAAUUGAUAUGCCAACAACCAAAGAGGAUUUUGUCCAGAUGUAUAAUCUGCUUAGUCCACUGGAAGAUAAAUUUAAUUUCAGGAAGUUUAACUACAGACGAAAUCCUUUGGGAGAAUACAAGUCAAACAUUACAGGAAAAUUAAGAUCAUGCUGUUAUGACCUUCAUUACCUGAAUAUGAACUUUGUCACACCUAAUUACACCAUUCUGCAUGACCAAGAUUCAAAAUUGUUUCAUUAAAAAAAAAAAAAAUUGAAAGACUCUUUUUCUGGACCAUUUUCACCAGGCAUGGCUAAGCAGUAGCUGGUUGAUUAAUGUAAAGCAUUUAGCCACAUUGUCUCUGCGUGAACGCUGCAUUGAGCAUGCUGCUUAGUGUGGGAUGAGGCUAUACAACGCACAGAGCUACUUGUUAAGUGGAGGAGGCACUUUAUAAAUCAUCAGUUGUUAUUAUUAUUGCAAAGACAGCAUUUUCAUUGGCUUCAGUAUAUAUACCACCCAAGUUUCCUGUUCACAGAAUUGACUAUGUAUAUAUGUAUAUAUGUAUAUCAGAGUAAGAAAUGCUUUCGUAAUUUAAAUCAAGUUCUUUACAGCAAAUAAAUUUUUAUAUGUUGAUGUUUUUUGCAACAUUUUUCCCUUAUCUUUCAUACAGGAAAAAGUGUUGACAACUGAAUUUCUCAAAAUAUUGAAAUUGCAGAGAAAAUGUGUGUCCAUUAAACAGCUGUUGUAUAGCUUUAAAUAAUCUUAGUCAUAUCCAGAUAUUUACACAUAUCAUUAUAUACUUUAAAUACCAGAUGACGUUUUAGCUGUAAAUAUUUUUCAUGAUUGUAUGGCAUUAACUGGGGACAGGAUUUUUUUUUUAACGAUGAUCAUUUAUGCGAGGUAAUAUUUCAGUGUAUCGGAAGAUGUUCAUUUAUGAAAUAAAUAUUUAUAAAUUGUA